AUGGAUUGGGAAGAUCAAGCCAUCACUUCCGCCACGUACCAGAAAAUUCAAUACCCAUUUCUUAGGGGAAGUGUCGGGCAGAUCGACAACAAUCAAGCAAUGGUGAGAAGAUGCUUAGCUCAAGGGCUGAAGAAUAGCAAGCAAGCACAGUUCAUACCGGUAAGCCAAACAGAACUAGUAGGGAAGGAAGCAGAUCUCAUUCCUGACAGUCGAGCAGACCUGAAGGGAAAGGGAAUAGCCAUCCAUCAAUAG